UCUCUGAGUCCCCAACCUACAUUGUCGUCCCUUCAGAUCCACAAUGAAGCUCUCAGCCAACAAGUUUUUCUCCUACCUUCUCCUAAUUAUAGUUCUGCUUCUGGCUCCCUAUUUCCAGCAGAUGGCCUCAGCUCAGGCUGCAUUCUGCGAUGAUAAAUGCAAUACGAGGUGCAGUAAAGCUGGAAUGCAGGACAGGUGCCUCAGGGACUGUGGGAUCUGCUGUGCGGAAUGCAAAUGCGUGCCCUCCGGUACCUACGGGAACAAGGAUGAGUGCCCUUGUUACCGGGACAAGUUCACCGGCGAAGGGCGGCGCCGCCGCCCCAAAUGCCCUUGAGCUCCGUCGUCCUGUACUCUGGUUUAAAAUAUGUGAUGAUGUGUGUGUUUGUUUUGAGGAAGUGAGUUUAAAUGGUUGUGUUUAAUAAUUAAAUGGUGUGGUUUAGUUUAAUUUAAUACGUGUUGAUGAUGAAUGAAGUAUUUAGUUUAAUUUAA